AUGAAAGGCGACUAUCGACUGAACGGACAGGAGCCAACAACAUCCGAAGUCGAAUCUUUUCAAGUACCCUUUAACGAGAAGUCUAUAAUCUGCGAACGUCGUGGCAAAGGCAAGCAGCUAUCGCUCAUCUUCACGCACGGCGCAGGUGGCGGAAUAGCGAACCCAGCGACGAAAGAAUUCGCCGAAGGCUUCGCCGAGAUCUCCUCAAUUGCGACGUUUCAGGGCAAUAUGAAUCUCCAGUCCCGGGUCAAGACGUUCAACGCGGUGGCGGACCAUGUCGACUUCGACAAGGCUUUGGGCGGACGAAGUAUGGGCGCUCGAGCGGCGACUAUUACUGCCGCGCAGGAGGGUCGCAAGACCGACGCUCUAGUGUUGGUCAGCUUUCCUCUCGUAGGCGGAAAGAAAGGCGACAGUCGAGAGCAAAUUCUGCUCGAUCUUCCCGAGCACGUCAAGGUACUAUUCAUCACUGGUGAUAAGGACAGUCAGUGUGACCUCGAGCAUCUGGAAAACGUAACGAAACAGAUGAUUGCACCCUGCUGGUCUGUGAUUGUUGAAGGUGCUGACCACAGCAUGAGCUGGAAAUGGAAGGACUCUGUGCAAGACAUGAGACGCAAGACAGGCGCUGUUGCCGCUGAAUGGCUGAAGAGCCGCCAAGACAUUCAGCGACGGCGGCGUAUCCGAUGGGACGAAGAUGCUAGCGCUGUGGUGCUAGAUGACAAGCAGGAUGUCUCCGCAGCAGUUGAACAACGGCAUGAGAACGAAGAAACGCAGCCACCGCCCAAGAAGAGGAAGAAAUCUAACAAACGCAAAUAA